AUCAAAGUCAGGCCCACUCAGCUUAUUGUUUCUGAUGUUGGCCCCCCGUCUUAUAUUGUCCACACUCCAAAUGUCCAAUCCUGUGCGUGCGGGGGUGGUCUUUGGCAAUCCUCCCCUCAUGAACUAGCUUUUGAGAUUGAGUUAGGCUUAUCAUUACCACGAUUAAGAAUACUCAACAACGACUCAGGACUCAAAUUCUGAGGUGGUGGCAUGGAUUAUGUACACUAUACCCGACCCUACUAGAUGGGAAUACACUAGGUAUGUUGUUGUUGUUAUAAGAUUACUAGACAACGACUCAAAUUCCUAUCAGGUGAAAAUUGAAAUAUUUAACCAACUGAGCUAUUAAGAUUACGGAGUUUAAGAUUUUUGAAUAACUGCAUGUGGUUAACAACAAGAGAGCAGUUCCCGCCAAAGGUUCAAUUCUACUGCACUAUCUCAAAUUCUCAAUCACACUCUCCAGUAGCUCUCUUCCCUUUGCUGCUUCUUCUUGUUCAUAUGAACAGAGGGAGCCGAGAAGUUGAGCGGAGGAUACUCCGGCUACUCCACGGCCAAAAAUCUCGAACCCAACUCACUCAAAUCCAUGCCCACAUCCUUCGCCACCACCUUCACCACUCUAAUCAGCUCAUCUCCCACUUCAUUUCUAUCUGCGGUUCCCUUAACAGGAUGCAUUACGCAUCCCUCAUAUUUCAACACUUUCAAAAUCCCAACAUCUUCCUCCUCAACUCCAUGAUCAAAGGUUAUUCCUUAUGUGGCCCUUAUCAAAAUUCUGUCGUCUUCUUUUCCACUAUGAAACGACGUGGUAUUUGGCCUGAUGAGUUCACUUUCGCCCCUUUACUCAAAGCUUGUGCUAAUCUUGAAGACUUGGAAUUAGGACAAGGGGUACAUAAGCAUGUGCUUGCACUUGGGUUUGGCAGAUUUGGGUCGAUAAGGAUUGGGAUUGUUGAGUUGUAUGCUGGAUGUGGGAGGAUGAUGGAUGCGAAGAAGGUGUUUGAUGAAAUGCCUCAAAGUGAUGUGAUUCUUCGGAAUUUGAUGGUUAAGGGUUAUGCUCAAAGUGGAAAUGUGGAUAUGGGACUUGGACUGUUUAGGCAAAUGGGUGAGAGGACCGUUGUUUCUUGGAAUUUGAUGAUUUCGUUGUUAGCGCAAAAUGGGAGGGAGAAAGAGGCUCUAGCACUUUUCCAUGAGAUGAGGAAUAGUGAGUUUGAGCCUGAUGAAGCUACUGUUGUAACUGUGUUACCUGUUUGUGCUCAAUUAGGAGAACUUGAUUUAGGAAGGUGGAUUCAUUCUUAUGCUAAGUCUGAAGGCCUCUAUCCCAAUCUUGUAUCCGUUGGCAAUGCAUUGGUUGAUUUCUUUGGAAAAUCUGGUGAUUUGGAGACUGCUUUUGGAAUAUUCAAGGACAUGCCUAGGAAAAACGUAGUUUCUUGGAAUGUGGUUAUAUCAAAGUGUGCUUUUAACGGGAAGGGUGAAUUGGGAGUACAGUUGUUUGAUGAGAUGUUAGAUGAGGGUGUGAGACCUAAUGACUCGACUUUUGUGGGUGUUUUAGCAUGUUGUGCCCAUGCAGGUUUGGUCCAAAGAGGGGGAGAUUUGUUUGAUUCUUUGAUUGCUAAUCAUGGUAUACAGCCUACAAUUGAGCAUUAUGGAUGCAUGGUUGAUCUUCUAGGCCGCGGUGGCUGUCUAAAGGAGGCUCAUAAACUGGUGAAAACCAUGACGGUAGAACCAAAUGCUGCUAUAUGGGGUGCAUUAGUUAGUGCUUGUCGCACUCAUGGUGAAAUGGAGCUGGCUGAAUACGCACUUAAGGAACUUAUUAAACUUGAACCUUGGAAUUCCGGUAACUAUGUAUUGUUAUCCAAUAUUUAUGCUGAUAGAGGAAAAUGGGAAGAAGUUGAAAAGGUGAGAGUGUUGAUGAGGGGAAAUAGCAUUAAGAAAGCACCAGGACAGAGCACAGUAGUUUGAUCUUUUUUUGACUUCCAUCAUGUGGUUACUCAGCUGCAUCCUGGAAAUGCGUCAAGAUAUGGUACCCUUCAAUGAAUGGUUCUUUCUAAUUGAUCUCCUUUUGUGGACGGAAUCCAUGAAUGUCAGUAAUCCUCAAGGAGAACAUAUUGAAGGGAUUUUGACAUUCUUUGGACUUUGAAUGCAUGGAAGUGGAUUGAACUCGAAAGAGCUCAGUGAACAGUUCAGACAUAUGAUGCAAGUGCAAAGUCAAAAAGAGCUCUAUAUGGCUGAACCUUUUUCCGGUCUUUUCAAAUUUGUGAUUUUAACUGUUUUGUCUCACUCUUUUUUUUCCCUUGGGGAAAUUGAAAGCACGAGAUGGCUUGCGCUCCUGAUAGUAUUUUGUGGGCUAUGGCAGUAGUGGUAUCUAGUGAGACACAUUGGGUAGAAGAGGUCAAGAGGAGAAGGGAAACAAA